CGGGUGAAGAAGAUAGGAGAAGAGAAGAGAAUGGAUCCAGAGGCAUUCACGGCGAGUUUGUUCAAGUGGGACCCAAGAACAGUGGUGGCGGGAGCACCAGCGAACCGGGCGAUGGAGGCGACGACAGGGAUGGUGGCUCCACCUUCUGCGGCGGCGUACGCAAUGAGGGCUGCGGCGGGGCCGGCGAGGGACUUGGUGAUGGCCGGGCUGGAGGGGCUGUUUCAGACCUACGGGAUAAGGUACUACACGGUGGCGAAGAUAGCGGAGCUCGGUUUCACCGUCAGCACCUUGCUCGAGAUGAAGGAGGAAGAGCUUGACGAGAUGAUGACCAACCUCUCCCAGAUAUUCCGGUGGGAGCUCUUCGUCGGGGAGAGGUUUGGCGUCAAGGCCGCCGUCAGAGCGGAGCGCCGGCGGCUCGAGGAGCUGGAAGAGUCUCGGAGAAGAACACACGGCGGCGACGUCACGGCCACCAAUAUCGCUCUCGACGCCCUCUCCCAAGAAGGGUUGUCGGAGGAGAGGGUGCAGCAGCAGCAGCAGCAAGAGGCGGGGAGCGGCGGAGGGGGGUGGGAAGUGGCGGGAGAGAGAAAGCAGCAGCAGCAGCAGAGGCGGAGGAAGUGGCAGAGGAAAGUGGUGGAUAUGGAGCAGCUGGUGGUUGAUGAGGAUAAUAACGACGAUGACGAAGACGACAACAACAACAAUAACAUAACAAGUGGGGUUUGCGAGAGACAGCGGGAGCAUCCAUUCAUCGUGACGGAGCCUGGGGAAGUGGCACGUGGCAAGAAGAACGGCCUCGAUUACCUCUUCCACCUCUACGAGCAGUGCCGUGAUUUCCUCCUUCAGGUCCAGACCCUCGCCAAAGACCGCGGCGAGAAAUGCCCCACCAAGGUGACGAAUCAGGUGUUCAGGUACGCGAAGAAGGCAGGGGCGAGCUACAUCAACAAGCCCAAGAUGAGGCACUACGUCCACUGCUACGCGCUGCACUGCCUGGACGAGGAAGCCUCCAACGGGCUGAGGCGGGCGUUCAAGGAAAGAGGCGAGAAUGUGGGCGCCUGGAGGCAGGCCUGCUACAAGCCGCUCGUCACCAUAGCCGCCACGCAAGGCUGGGACAUUGACGCUAUCUUCAAUGCUCACCCUCGUCUCUCCAUUUGGUACGUCCCCACCAAGCUCCGCCAGUUGUGUCACGCCGAGAGAAACGCCGCCGCCGCCGGAUCUACAUCUGUUGCUGCCGCCGCUGGGCCUCGGGCUGGCCAGCUUCCUUUCUAGUUCGUUACAUUUUUUUUUGUGUCGGGAACUUGUUGUAGUAAUGGCUAACUAGCUAGGUGGGAUCGAAGUAACUGGGCUUCCCUGUUUUUUUUUUUUUCUUCUUCCCCAAAAGGAAUUGGGUUGCCGAUAUUACUCUAUUAGCUAGAGAGCUCAAAUCUUUAAUUAUUCGGUUGCGACAUUGGUAAGAGUUUCCGACUUGUUGAGCCCGUCGUUGUGGUGAUGGUGAUUAAUUUAGUUAACUGAAUUGUUCUUUGUUUUCAAAUUCAUACAGG